UUCGACAGUUCCCGAUGCAAAGAUUGCUGAUGCGAUUAUCGCACGAUGCCUUUCUACACGUCCAGAUCUAUUACCUAAAGGUGAGACUAAGCUUAAAAUUAAAAGACAUGGCGUUGGUUUGCGGCCUGUUCGAAAAAAUGGAAUCAGAAUAGAGACAGAAUGGUUAUUAACCGAAAAAACAGGAAAAAAAGUUUUACUCUGUCAUAAUUAUGGACAUGGAGGAUACGGAUGGCAAUCAAGUUAUGGUGCAUCAAUGCAUGUAAUUCAAACUUUGCAAGAUAGUCUUAGAGAAG